UCGUGGUACGACUUUUGGCAAGCGGACCGUACAGCUUCAUAGCGCGAACGCGCCGUCGCGGUCAGCUCGCGAAACCCAAAUCGAACGGAGACAAAACCGAAGUCGAUCCCCGUCGCCGCCGCUGGCAAACUGGAAACCCCACAGAACUAGGACAUCUGUUGCUGCAGGUGCGCAAUCGUUCACAGUUGCAGAUCAUCGAUUAGUCGUAAUCUACCGGGAAGCAAGCAGUAGCGAUGACGCGGGUCCGUCGGGAAACAGCGCCCGUACCAGUCAGCAGCUUAAAAUAUUUCUUUUAUUAUUAUGAUAUUUAGUUGCUGAUGGAAUCAAUUAAUAACAGAAAAAUCUCAAAACCACUUAGUGUUCCAAUAGAGCACAAUAGAACAAGCGCUAUCAAAGCUUCGAGUACCGAUAGCGAUCGAUGAACGCCCUAUCAUCGAUUAGGUUUUCAGCCGCUUCAGAUCAAACGGAUAACUGGUUCGAAACAACGUGUCACGGUCCGGUAGAGCGGUGGGAUCCUCAUAUGAGGAAUGUGUACCAAACCUCUAAGGCAAAUAUGAAGGCGUGAAUAACGCGAAUUAUAUAGCAGUGAAACGACGCCACUAAUAACAGUGACAGAGUGAAGAUAAUGUUGGUGUUAAUGGUCGAAAAUUAAUUGCUAAUUAGUGAACGGUCCUGUCGGUGUGUGGAACUGGAAAAAAAAGGGAAACGCGGUGUAAGAAAAUUGAAGUGUAAUUUCCGCGGCGGAACGAGCGCCUCACAGUGACGAGUUCCGAUCGGAUGGUUCGUGCGAGUGCAAUGUAGGGAAAAAAAGUACACGGAGUUGCUGAUGGUGAUCGAGAGUCGCAUGUGUUUGCUUUAAUUUUAUAUCUAGUGGAAGAAAACAUUCAGGGUGUUUGCGAAGAUGGAUAUGUCAGGAACCAUGUCUGGAGCGAAUGGCCUCAAUAUGAGGCCCUUGUUCAGCGGAUAUCCUUUCCAAGGCCAAGGUCGCGUCAACCAGCUCGGCGGCGUCUUCAUCAAUGGCCGACCGCUGCCGAAUCACAUCCGGCUGAAAAUCGUCGAAAUGGCAGCGGCCGGCGUUCGGCCGUGCGUCAUCUCCCGCCAGCUGCGGGUUUCCCACGGUUGUGUGUCCAAGAUACUGAAUCGCUACCAGGAAACCGGUUCGAUUCGUCCCGGCGUAAUCGGUGGCUCGAAACCGAAGGUGGCCACACCGGAAGUGGAGUCACGCAUCGAGGAGAUGAAGAAAAUGAAUCCCGGCAUCUUCAGCUGGGAGAUACGGGAGAAGCUAAUUAAGACCGAUCCGAGCGCGGGCUAUUGCAGCGCAGACGGCGGCCUCCACAGACAACCAGGCGCAGAGUACCGAUGUCGCGAGGAAGGCGUUUCGGAUCCCCCGAGUGUUUCAUCCAUCAGCCGGUUACUGCGCGGUGGCAGCGGUGGCCCGGGCGACGGCCGAAAGGACGACGACGGGCGGAAAGAUUACAGCAUCCAUGGCAUUUUGGGAGGUCGCGGUUCCGAUUCCAGUGACACCGAGUCUGAGCCCGGAAUCCUACUCAAGCGGAAACAGCGUCGAUCUCGUACAACCUUCACCGGCGAGCAACUGGAAGCAUUGGAAAAAGCCUUCCAGCGGACACAAUAUCCGGAUGUCUACACCCGGGAGGAACUAGCUUCAUCGACCAAUCUGACCGAGGCUCGAAUUCAGGUGUGGUUUAGCAAUCGACGUGCCCGGCUAAGAAAGCACGCCGGUUCCCAGAUGGCUACGCCGCUUAGUUCGCUAGGUUCACUUCCGAUGAGCCAAUACCAUCCGGGCAUGCCAACGCAAGAAUCCUACCAGAUGGCUGCCGCUGCCAACUAUGAUUUUGUCAGCCAAAAUCCGGCGUCUUUCUCCAGCAGCUUCCAGCAUGGUCACUUCGGUGGGCAAAACUUUGGACCGAAUGCAAUGAGUUUCCAUCAAAAUAGUCAAGAAUUCAUCCCCCAUGAGUACACCAAGAUGAUGAACGAAGAGUACAUUAAGCCGGCUCAUGAGAAUUCGUCCUCGGUCAAACUGAGCCCGACGGCCGCACACGGCGGCAGUGCAACACUGAGCGAUAGUUACGCUAGCAAACUGGUCUCGGCAGCGGCGACAGCGAGUAUUGCUCCCCAAGAGUCCUCCUGGAGUCAGUCGUACCCGCCGCAUCCAGGACAAAGUUACGGUGCUAGUUUGGUAGGUGGCUGUGCCCCAACCGGGCCGUCGGCCGUACCGGCAGCGGAUUACCACCAGAUGCAGCAGGCCUACAGCAACAACAGUCUAGCGACAGCCAAGUACUGGUCAUGAUGAGGCUGUUGCCGAUUAAGCGAGCGGCUUUAUUUUCUACGCAAUGUUUCCUAUUAUUUCAAUCAGUGAAUAAGGGCGGAGUAGUUAGUGGUUGAAUCAGCUUCGGGUGUGUUGAAAUUGAGCAUUCUGUGGUGUUGUCAUUUGGCUAAUUACUAAACACAACUACGAGAAUGACGGUUUGCCACGGAUCUAUUAGUGCGAAACUACAAUCGAUUUCAAAUAAUGGCCCCUCAAGCAUCAAUAGUUUUGAAGUCAGGCGUAAAAUUCAACGGUAAACUAUGUUUACCGGCGAAUUGGGUGAGAUAGGUAACAUUGGUCCUAUUAGACUUUCAAGCAUAUCUAUUUUUCAAAGCAUUCAAUUACAGCUGCAUAGAAAAAGAGAUAAGCUUCUAUAAAGAUAUUGGAAACACUAUUUUAUGUUUGAAAUUCUGAAUAUCCGUUGCACAGGAAACGUUCCUUGUCAAGAGACCCUGACUAGACGCCCGGUUAUAUUAGUUAAUCUCCGCCUAGUGUUAAGCUUUCCCAGUUUGCAAUAGUAUUUAAUAUGCCACCUGUAAGUAGAACCCAAAUAUGACCACUCCAAAACAUUUACCAUUAAGUUGAUUUAUCAAACCAUCCUUUCGUUUAAUUAGAUUGUUCAAAAAAGUAUAGUGAUUAUGCAACUAAAUAUUUAUUCUCUGUAGCUUGUUGCAUGCUUCGUAAAAUUAUUAUCGUUAAGUACACCACUAGCACUAGAAGUAAUUCACUAAACCAAGAGCAGUGAUUUGCAAAAC